AUGUUAGGACCUUCGAGGCUUGUGAGCAGUCCGAAACAGUGUUUAUUUGGAGGUGGAAAAAAGGGUUGUCCUCCAGGUCCCGAUAGAUUAGGAGAGAAGAGGCGCAAACGCCGUUUCCUGAAUCUCGUCCCCGUCUUUAUUUUGCUAAUGGGAAAAUCCACUCUGAACUGGAUUCAAGAGAAUAGCUUUUGUUUUCAGGUGCUCAGCCAGAUAACAUCCUUCAGACACUCUAUGGAAGAGCAGAAGAGAAAAAUGCUGCAACUUAUCGAGACCUUAGAGCUGGCGAAACGGAACUUCUCGCAUCAACUCAAAGAUGUUACAGUUGUUGAAGACGCUUAUCAGAAGUAUUUCCAAGGAAUUCGUGAAGUUCAUGCUGAUUUACUGGAAAUGGAAAAGUCAGGGAUAUAUCCUGCAGCCACUCCUCCUCGAGAUGCUCCAUCGCCUACAGCUAAUGACGACAUUUAUGCUACUGGAGUAGAAAAUGCGUUACAAUCUUUUCGUAUGCCUGGUACCAGAGACAAUAUGGAGGCGACUGAUAUGGAUUUGGAUGAUGAUUCCGCUCCGAUUGAUGUAGGUGGCACGUCUCCUCUAUCGAGUACCCUUCCUCCUCCUCCCGCUCCUCCUGCAAUGCUUGAUGGACGGCCAUCCACCUAUCUGGGGUCAACUGCUCCCCAACAACCAAUAUUGCCGAUAUCUCAACCGAACUCAAAUGGUAGCACAGUGUCUCCAUAUCUCAACAAUUCGAGCGCCAUGCCAUCAUCGUUCCAAGCCCAAUCUGCCUACGGAGUAUCUCAAAAUCAGUCUCAGCCUGCUUUCGUUUCGCAGACUAACACGGCCGUGGCACCUCCAGCUACUGGUCAACCGUCUAACUUUGCAGGGCAAAAUCUCUCAGUACCUCCUCCAAUCAUCACUCAGCCACCACCAAAUAUUCAGGCGUUACUGAAAUCCAUACCAAGCCUCCAAACUAUACAACAGGCUACAGCAGCAGCUGCUGCUGCCGCUGCCGCGAACCAGCGUCAGCCUCAGAACAUUCCAUCAAUGAACUACCCUCCUCCCAGUGCUCAACAAAGAUUCGGAGAUGUGGAUGAGCGAAUUCAACCGGUGCAACCAAUGCAACCUGUCCAACCAUUGCACCAACCCGUGCAACCUGUCCAGCCACUGCAUCAGCCCGUGCAACCUGUCCAACCAUUGCACCAGCCCGUGCAACCUGUCCAACCAUUGCACCAGCCCGUGCAACCAGUGCAGUCAUUGCAACCUUCACAGCCAAUUAUUUCUCAGCCUCUUCCUGGCUCGGCUUCAAACUAUCACAUGCCUCCCCCAAGGUCUCAACAGCCGAUGUAUGCAGAAGAAGGACCAUCACACAUGGAUUACCAAGCUUCCGUCUCCGUCGGUGACCAAGAACACCUUAAUGGUGACAAUAAUUACUACGGUGAUGGUGGACGUGAUGGUUUCUACCAAAAGCCACCACCAACACAGCAAUUUCAUAAUAGCGGAAAUUACCCGCCACCCGGUAGGGGAAGGCCUCGUGGUGGUGGCGGUGGUGGUGGUUUCUACGGUCAUGGCGGAGGCAGAGGCGACCAGUGGAGGAAAUCCGGCGACUAUCGAGGUGGACGCGGUUUCGGUGGGCCACGAGGGAAUUUUCAUAAUCGAGGAAGAGGAGGAGGUCCACAUGGUGGAGGUGGAUUUCAAGGAGGCGGUUUCCAUAGAGGGCGUGGGCGAGGCAACUGGGGCCGUGAUGAUUUCUGA